UUUUGGACUGGCAUUUUGUCUAUUUUUGAGCCGUUUUGACUGAUAAAAAAUUUUGAAGGGAUAUUUAACUAAUAUGUAAAUGAUAUACAAGUUUAAUAAGAGAAUUAAUGGGUCAAGUACUAAUAAUGAUGGAAUUUGUUGAAAGGGGGAGGGGAGGGAGAGAAAAUAUUUUCUAGGGGAGAAGAAGAUCGCGCAGGAAUUUAAAGGCGAGAAUCGAUUAAUCUGUUUGAUGAUGAAUUGGUUGUGACUGACAAAAAGGGGGGGGGGAGGUGAUGAGUAGGUAGACCAAAUAUGGAGUGAAGACGCGCCCCUUAAAAAGAAAAGUUGUGUGGCUGGCCAAGUUUUUACUUUAAAAAUAAUGAAAAGAAAAUUGCGGGAAGAGGGGGAAGAACGUUCAAAACAAACACAAAAGGGUUGGGGUUAAAUAUUUUUUAAACAAUUUGAGUGAAUUUUGGGUGUGUUGGUUAUUUGCGUCUUGGCAUUUUUUACGAUUUGUGGGUUAUGUACGUUUUGAACAAUUUCUGGUCUAUGGGCUUUUUGUUCAACGAUAUGUUUUGGACGUUUUGUACAAAUUUUGGGUUUUGGGCGUUUUGUCUGAUUUCUGGGUUGUGGGUGUUUUGUCUUAUUUUUGGGGUGUGGGCGUUUUGUUUUAUUUUGGGUUGUGGGCGUUUUGUCUGAUUUUUGAGAUGUGGCGUUUUGUCUGAUUUUGUAUUGUAGGCGUUUUGUCUGAUUUUUGGGUUGUGAGCGUUUUGUAAGAAUUUUCGGUUGUUGAAU